AUGGUUGGCCGCAGCAACAAACGUCGCGUUGAUGUGGUCGAUCUGACACAAAAUGACCAAGAGAACGCGUCUCGCCCGUCUAAGCUUAUGCGCAAUGAUCGAAUGAACGCUGCGCUGGCGAAUGUGAGCAAUGGCCAGCGUUUUGGGGAAUCCACAGCGUAUAUUUCAUUCAGUCAACGCGACGAUGACGAGACUGGUGUCGAUGACCUGGUUCAGUCGAGUCAAAGUGUCAGUGAUUUAGAUAUCAGCGCGUUUCAAAUCUACGGAUCGUGGGAGUGCGUUUUUAUAGUGGCUAUGCUAGCGCUGGUGAACGUGUCUUUCUUAGGAGAGAGCCCACCAACAAAUACGACCCAAACGCUAUUAAGAGUCAAGAUAUCUGAAGGAGUUGGGCGGCUAGCCACUAACGAUAUCCAGGAUGAUAAAAGUCUGGUGAUGGAAGGAAUGCUUACGGGCUCAAUCGGGGCCUAUGACUGCCCCAUUGCCAUCACUCUUUUUGGCCCUACAAAUCCUGUCCUAAGAGAUCGAACAAAGAACCGCAUGCUAGCCGAUCGACUACCCAUCACUGAACUCAUUCGAACCGAGCAAGACAAGGCCAGAAAUGAAUGGCAACGCAAACGAGCACUUCAAGAAGCCGAGAAUAAGAAGCGAGUUUCUAUGAACGGCCAGAGCAGUGGCUUGUAUCCUAAUCUUAGCACCCCUAAAGGAAUAGUCGACCCUACGAAUUUAGAGGACCUUCUUCAACAGAGCAGUUCUAUCAAUAUCAACAGAAUGAGUCAGGCGGUAGAGAAGUUCGGUAUCACAGAGUCUGACCUAGCCAAUAUGCCAAUGGCUGAGAUACCAAUCGCUAUGAACACCCAGCUUCUUUCGUACCAGCGGCAAGGGCUGGCAUGGAUGCUUGAAAAAGAGUCUCCCAAACUGCCUGAGGCUGGGGCUGACCACAACGUGCAAUUGUGGAAAAAAGAAGGCGUAAUCUCAGAGUAUGACCCCAAUAAAAAGGCAGCCAAAACCACUCGGAAUGGUCUCUACUCCAUUCAGUGGCGUCGUGUAGUCCUCGACGAGGGACACACAAUCCGAAACCCGCACACGAAGGGUGCCCUCGCAGCCUGUCAUUUCAAAGCCAACUCUCGCUGGACAUUGACUGGUACUCCUAUUAUCAAUUCGCUCAAAGACCUUUACUCACAGAUCCGGUUCCUCCGACUUUCAGGCGGCUUGGAAGAAUUAUCUAUGUUCAAUGCUGUCCUUAUUCGUCCACUAAGCUCUGGAAAUCCUGCUGGUGCCACCCUUUUGCAGGCUUUGAUGAAAGCAAUUUGCUUAAGACGUCGUAAGGACAUGUCUUUCGUCAAUCUGCGCCUGCCGCCUAUGAAGAUGCAUGUCUUGCGCGUUAAAUUUCAUCCCCACGAGCAGGAAAAAUAUGAUAUGUUCAGUGCCGAAGCCCAAGGCACGUUUGAUAAGUAUCGUUCUAGUGGGCCAAACGGCCGCACGACAUACUCGCAUGUCCUUGAAGUUCUCCUACGGAUGCGCCAGGUGUGCAACCAUUGGGCUCUUUGCAAGAACCGUGUGGACAAAUUGAUGGCUAUGCUUGAGAAGGACAAGGUCGUUGAGUUGACACCGGAGAAUAUCAAGGCUCUCCAGGAUAUGCUCCAAGUCCAAAUUGAAAGCCAAGAGACUUGCGCCAUCUGUCUUGACUCCUUAAGCGAACCCGUCAUCACAGCCUGCGCGCAUGCCUUUGACAAAGCUUGCAUUACGCAAGUCAUUGAGAGACAGCAUAAGUGCCCCUUGUGCCGAGCUGAAAUCAAGGAGGCCAACUCUCUUGUUUCACCUGCAACAGAAUUGGGCGAGGAUGCCGGGGCAGUCGAGGUGGAUGCUAGUGCACCAAGCAGUAAGAUCGAAGCUCUGGUCAAGAUUCUGGCUGCUAAAGGGCAAACGAAAGGAACAAAGACGGUAGUUUUUAGCCAGUGGACUUCCUUCCUUGACGUCGUCGAGCCACACCUGACUCAGAACGGCAUACGCUUCACACGUAUCGACGGCAAACUAAACUCCAAUAACCGGGACCAGGCUAUCGCCGAAUUCACCACCGACCCCAGCUGCACAGUCUUGCUAGCAAGUCUGAAUGUGUGCAGCGUCGGUCUGAAUCUGGUUGCUGCAAACCAGGUGGUUCUGUGUGACAGCUGGUGGGCCCCAGCAAUCGAAGACCAAGCUAUUGACCGUGUCUAUCGACUUGGCCAAACCCGUGAGACUACAGUCUGGCGCUUGGUUAUGGAUGGUUCGGUUGAGGAUCAGGUACUGGAGAUUCAAGAGAACAAGCGUGCUCUAUCGUCGACAGCACUCAGCGAGGCAGGUCACAAGAAAGGCGAAAGCACGAACUCGAGGCUGGCAGACCUGGAAAAGCUGCUCCGCAAGAAAGACUCUUAG